UCUUUUUCGCUGAAAGAUUCCACUCAGGAUGAGCGCCAACAACUCCAGCCUGGCUGAUGAUGCACAGCCCCUGUUCAUUCUUCCUCUGGCGCUGGUCAUCUUCCUCACAGUGAUUGGGAACCUGUUGGUCAUCUUGGCUAUCGUUCGCACCCCUCUGCUCCACACCACCACCAACGUCUUCAUCAUCUCCCUGGCCUUUGCGGAUCUCAUCAUGGGUUGUGUGGUGCAGCCUUUGGGCGCCAGCAUGGUGGUGAGCGGGAAAUGGCUUUUAGGUGACAAGUUCUGUGACAUGUGGACGUCCGUGGACGUGCUUUGCGUCACAGCCAGCAUAGAGACGUUGUGUGUCAUCGCCGUUGAGCGCUAUUUUGCGGUCACGAGACCUUUUGAGCAUCAGGUCCUCCUUGGGAAGCGCAGAGCUAGCUAUAUCGUCUGCACGGUGUGGAUAGUGGCGUCCCUAGUUUCCUUCGUGCCAAUCAUGAACCAUUUUUCUCGUGCAGAUUAUGAGGAGGCAGAAAUAUGUUACAAUAAACCAGAAUGCUGUGAUUUCCAUACUAACAAGACCUACACCAUCUUCUCCUCAGUGGUGUCCUUCUACGUGCCCCUCGUUAUUAUGGUGUUUGUGUACGGGAAGGUGUUUGUCAUCGCGACCAGACAGCUGAAACUCAUUGACAAGAAUAGACUCCGUUUUCUGAGCACAUGCACAGAAGACACUUGUGAAAAUCCAGGUGAAACGGUGCGUAAUUUGAGCCGGAGGUCAACGAGGCAUGUCGUGAAAGAACACAAGGCACUCAAGACGCUGGGGAUUAUUAUGGGCAUCUUCAUUCUCUGUUGGCUGCCCUUCUUUUUCUUCAAUAUCAUCAAGGUUUUUAAUCCCGAAGUGCUGUCGAGGGAUGUGUUCGUCCUGUUGAACUGGCUCGGUUACACCAAUUCAGGCCUGAACCCAAUCAUCUACUGCCACAGUCCCGAGUACCGCACCGCAUUCCUCAAUCUUCUAGGGUACAAAAAACUCAAGCGGUUAAAUUACGACACAGUGCACAAACAUCUAUGGACCCUCAGCUCGUGCAUCCAAAGCAACAGUUCUGUAAAAAUGGAUUGCUUAGGUCACGGAGAUCCAUCUGCUAAGGGUGGGAACGUUUGCUCAGACACGUGUACAGUUUUCAAAGAAGAAGAGGUGGAAACUCAGCCUCACAAUGACUCAAAUGUGGCACGGAUCAAUGCAGCAGAGAUGUUAAAG